GAAGUUCGAGUUUACGCGGCAGGACGACAAGGCCCGCGCCGGCGCCACGCGACUUAAACCCCCACGACAGUGGAGAGUGCACGGUGGACAUCAAUGUCGUCCGGAUUCUUGCGGCCUCAAGAAGACUCGACGUCGACUUCAAGAUGUUCUCGCUAGAAAGACAGCACUCAUGGCGCCCAAGAAGAUCAAAGCCCGCCCAUCGGCCGGAGCAAACCCCAAUAUUCCGGGCAUAUCACCAACCGCCCAACUCCCGAGCAUCUCUCCCUUGAGUCUCCUCAUCUGGCUGUACAUCCUGCGGCUCUACAAUGCCCUCAAUAUUGAGACCUUUUUCCAGCCGGAUGAGUACUUCCAAGCCCUAGAGCCAGCGUGGGCGGCUGCGUUUGGCGAGAACAGCGGCGCCUGGAUUACUUGGGAAUGGCGGGAACAUCUCCGCUCUUCUCUGCAUCCCCUCCUGUUCACAGGCGUGUACAAGGUCGCGGGAUCUUACUGCAAUGCCUUGGACCUCCCCGCCGAAGUCCGCUCGAAGAUUCUCCUGGCCGCGCCCAAAGUCCUCCAGGCCGUCUUCGCCGCGUGUACGGAUCUGUUUACGUAUCUCCUCGCCGGUAAGAUGUACGGCCGACAGUCUCCGGAAGCAACGGCAGCGUUGAUGUUGACCAUCCUGAGCCCCUGGCAAUGGUUUUGCUCCGGCCGGACGUUUUCGAAUUGCCUUGAGACGACUUUGACUGUUGCGGCGCUGGUUCUUUGGCCUUGGGAUUGGUUUGUACAUGGCGUUGACUCGAAGAAGCGAGACGACAAUGCUGUGGAAGGAAGUCAAAGACACGACCUGCCGUUUCGCUUGUAUCCCUCACUGGCUCUUGCGGCCCUGGCUUGCAUACUCCGCCCGACGAACCCCAUCAUAUGGAUUGCCCUUACCGGCACGCUUACAUGGAACAGAUUCGUCCAACCAGCCGUCAUUCCGAAACUCCUAGUGAGCGCUGCAAUUACUGGAUCAGUCGUUCUCACAUUCUCCAUCGCAGCCGAUCGAGCAUUUUACGGCGAAUUGGUGCUACCACCUCUGAAAUUCCUACAGUUCAAUGUCGGCCAAGGGCUAGCUGGAUUCUACGGCGUCAACAGAUUGGCAUACUACUUUACCGAAGGAAUCGGCUUACUCCUAAUCUCUGCCCUCCCUUUCGCUCUCCUGGAACUUUACUAUGGCUUACGACUGCGUGAUGACCGCCAACCAGGGACUCCCCGCGUCCGCUCCUUGCGAUCUAUCUUGGCGUACACAGUUCUCAUCGAUAUUCUCGCUCUAAGCCUCAUCUCGCACAAAGAAGUGCGCUUCAUCUACCCCCUCCUCCCCAUCCUGCACGUUCUCGCUGCCAGACCAGCAGCAGCCUUCUUCCACCCAACGGCCAUCCAAGCGCAAAAGUAUCGCGGCAUGCUCUUCACACUUGGCUUCGCUCUCAACCUCAUCGUUGCGCAAUACAGCACGGGUCGACAUCAACGAGGUGUUAUGGACGUGAUGCACUACUUGCGGAAGGAAUACGAAGUGCGCUAUCAACCGCCCGGCCCGAAUCAUGGGAAUAUGACCGUGGGCUUCCUGAUGCCGUGUCACAGCACACCUUGGAUCAGUCAUUUCAUUCACCCCGAAAUCAACGCUUGGGCUUUGACGUGCGAGCCCCCGUUGGGGCUUUCUGGCGAGCAGCGGAGGGAUUAUCUGGAUGAAGCGGACGUAUUCUACGCUGAUCCGGCGAAAUGGAUGCAGACGAACAUGGCUGAUGUCGGACGGAGGGGAGCUGCGGUGGGACGGUCGUCAAAGAGAGCGUGGCCGCAAUAUGUGGCUUUCUUUCAGCAGUUGGAGGCUACUAUGAAAUCGGUGUUGGAAGGCAGCGAGUACAAGGAGUGCUGGCGGGGCUUCAACACGCAUUGGCACGACGAUUGGAGACGGAAAGGGGACGUGGUGGUGUGGUGUAGAGGGAGGCAAUGGUAGAAGCCACUAUCACGCUAGGCGUAGAUUCAGUCAUCACAGCAGAAACGACUCUACCCGCACGAGUACACGAAGAACAUUCUUCCCCAUUCCAGGCGUGUCUGGUACCUGGUGCCUGGCAAGAAAGCAGACGAAAAUGGCGCGCUGCGGAACGGAAAGGGGAAUGCACGUGGGUGUGGUUGGCUGGUAGGUCGAGAGAAGAUUUGGAGGGCGCAGCAAUGGGCUCGCAUUGAGGCUGUGCACAGCC